CAUAUCAUUUAAAGAUUUGAUUCCAACAACAUGGAUAGGUGGGUUGGCAGUGUAGCUAUUGUAACAGGAACCAGUGCAGGAAUUGGCAGAUCAAUUGCUGAAAAAUUAGUAGAAGCAGGAGUAAAGGUGGUUGGAAUUGCUAGAAGAAAAGAUAAAUUAGAUGACCUUCAGCAAAGCUUCGCAUCUAAGAAGGGAAAGUUCUACCCAUACGUUGGAGAUGUUUCCAAAGAAAAUGACAUAAUAGAAGCUUUCAAAUGGACGAACGAAAAUGUCGGACCAGUCAGCAUAUUAAUAAAUAAUGCUGGCAUCGCCCGUACAAAUGGAUCGAAUUUUGAAACCAAAGAUUGGGCGGAAGUUUUAAAUGUGAACGUAUUAGCUGCUAGUAUUGCUGCACGAGAAGCUAUCGAACAGAUGAAGAAGAAUAAUAUCGAUGGUCAUAUAAUAAACAUUAAUAGCCUUGCAGGACAGAAAAUAAUUGCUGCUGACAAAAUGUCUAUUUAUCAAGGAAGUAAAUACGCACUAACUGCUAUAACAGAAACGUUACGUUUGGAACUGGCCAAAUCUGGAUCGAAAAUUCGAGUGACAGGAAUUCAUCCUGGUGGAGUAAAUACUGAAAUGAUUCAAAACUUAAUGAAAAGAAGUGAUGAAGGUACAUUAGAAAGAAUAAAAAAUAUGCCAUUUUUAAACCCAGAAGAUGUGGCUGACACUGUUUUGUAUGCUUUGUCGACGCCUAAACAUGUCCUGAUCACCACAUUAACGGUACAAUCUGUUGGGGAAAUAUAUUAAAACUGGCACCAACUAACUCAGUUUUAUUUUAAAUAAAUUUUAUAAAAGUCUGUCAUUCAAUGUUGUAGUUACCUUUAAAUAAAAAACUCUGCAAUAAAAUAAUUUGAUUAGAUAAAGAAAUUAUUUUAGUAUUUACCUACCUACUUAAAUAAAACUUAAACACUAUAAAUUAUCUGAAGUAUAAUUCAUUACGGUCGACAUUCAAAUGUUAUUUUUAUCUAACAAUAAAAC